AUGGAAGUCUCCUGUGUUCUUGCAGCUGCUUGUCUCCUCUUGUUUUGCGGCUCCAGUUGCAGUCGAAACGUGAUUUGUUUCUACACGAACUGGGCCCAGUACAGAAGUGGCUCAGCGAGUUUCACCGUGUCCAAAAUUGAUCCAACUCUAUGCACCCACAUCAACUUCGCCUUUGCUAAACUGGACGGGAACAAUAUUGCAGAAUACGAGUACAAUGACAAAGAAAUGUGGAAGCAACUCAACGACCUGAAACAGACAAAUCCAAGUCUGAAAACAUUCCUCUCUGUGGGCGGCGCCACACUCGGGCAUGGGCCCUUCUCAAACAUGGUAUUCACUAAGGAGAACAGAAUUGCCUUUAUCAACUCCGCCAUAGCUGUCUUACGCUCAUUUAGCUUCGAUGGUCUGGAUGUCGACUGGGAGUUUCCCACCGCUACAGACAAACAGAAUCUGAAACUUUUCACGCAGGAAGUAAGCGAGGCCUUUAAAAUGGAAGGACAGAAUACCAGCAGGUCGCCUCUGUUGUUGUCUUUUUGUGUGCCGGCCGGGCUAAGCACGAUCGACAGUGGAUACGAUGUCGGUGCAAUGAACAGGUGA